AUGGGAAAACCGACAUACAUUUUAAUAGUUCGACACGGUGAGUCGCUUGGAAAUUGUGACAAGAGAGUCAACUCGCAUACACCCAACCACCUUGUUGAGCUUACGGAAAGGGGCCAUCUUCAAGCACUCAGAGCCGGUACUGUACUAGCGGACUUUGUGCAGAACCCAGAAUUACAAGAUUGCAACAGUGGCGAUGGGAAACGAAAUAAGAAAAGUAUCAUGUUCUAUACUUCACCGUAUUUACGUACUAGACAGACAUGCAAUAAUAUUAUAGAAGGUAUCAAGGAUCUUCCAGAUGUUGACUAUUGUGUUCGAGAAGAAACUCGUAUGAGGGAGCAAGAUUUUGGUAAUUUUCAAAAGUCCGCAGAAGAAAUGGAAAAGAUUUGGGAAGAGCGGGCUCAUUAUGGCCAUUUCUUUUACCGAAUACCGCAUGGAGAAAGUGCUGCAGAUGUGUAUGAUAGAGUUGCUAGUUUAAAUGAGAGCUUGUAUCGACAAUUCCGACAAGAUGACUUUCCAAAUAUAUUGGUCUUGGUGACUCAUGGGAUCUGGUCGCGUGUAUUUUUGAUGAAAUGGUUUAAAUGGACAUACGAGGAGUUUGAAAGUUUGAAAAAUAUACCUCAUUGCAAGUAUUUGGUAAUGAAACGCGAUCUGAAGGCGUCAGGAUAUAAGCUCAAAUCCAAACUAGAGACUUGGGAUGACUUGUCUGAGGCCGAACUUCAAAAUGAGGUGUUAAAAGCAGCCAAAGAGGCUCUGAGACAAGUGAAUGCGAAUAAUGAUGCAGGCGAUGUGAUUACAGAUCUAGAGCUACAGCCGAUGAUUGAAGCUCAAAAAGAUGCUGUAGAGACAUUGCGAGAAAAGAAUAAAAAGAUCAAGGACACUUAUAAGAAGAUUCGCUCGUCUAGCAAUUCGAAAAACUCGCGAUACAAAGAUAAGUUGAUUUCAAAGUUUAAGCAGGAUACAUUGAGUGACUGUACAAGCGUGGAAAGCUUUGAUGAUAUGAAACUGUGA